AUGGCAUCAUCAUCAUCAUCAUCAGACCAACAGUCCUUUGUAACUGAAAAGCCGCAAGAGGAAGCGUACGAAGAAAAGCAUGUCCAUGAGGUGUACCAACAGAUCGCAAGUCAUUUUUCCUCCACUCGCUACAAGGCGUGGCCAGUUGUGAAACGGUUUCUUACAGAGUUAACACCCGGAGCUAUCGGACUAGAUGUGGGAUGUGGCAAUGGAAAAUGUCUACCUGUAAACCAGAAUGUCUUUAUCGUGGCUUCAGACAGAUCCGAGAAUCUUGCCCGAAUUGCCGCGAAUCACCAACCACACUCGGUCAUUGUGGCAGAUAUCCUAAACCUACCACACCCGGAUUCCUUUUUCGACUUUGCAAUAUCGAUAGCUGUGAUACACCACCUCUCAACCCCAGAUCGAAGGAUCCAAGCUAUCCGUGAGAUUCUGCGCGCUUUGAAGCCUGCCACGGUAGAGGCUCCUGGAGGGAAGGUCCUGCUAUAUGUAUGGGCACUCGAGCAGAAGACUAGCCGCAGAGGCUGGGAUAAAGGUGACCAGCAGGACGUUAUGGUUCCAUGGGUUAUGACAAGCAACCCCCCAAAAAACGCUCCAAGUGAUCAACCAAAAGUUUUCCACCGAUAUUACCACCUUUAUGAGGCCAAUGAGUUAGAGCGUGACAUAACCAAAGCGGGUGGCCGUGUCCUGGAAUCUGGAUAUGAAAAAGACAAUUGGUGGGCAAUUGCAACACGAUGA